UUCCAUCAACCUACUUGACCCCUCUUCCCCAGCAAUGGCGGAAAUUGAAAGUGAUGCAGACAAAGCAAUGCGUGACGGUCUCUCCCAAUUUCGCGAGAAAAUGGAAACCUCCAACCGCCGCUUCCUCCAGGACCGGGUCACUGAGAUCGAAGCCGUGCACCUCCCGACCGAAGCCGACAAACUCGUGCAAAUGCGCGACUACUGGGACAAGCUGGGCGAAGGCGGCCCGGAUCCCUACUGGAACAGUAUCGCCGGGCCGGGACCUGUCCGCGAAGACCGCGAGGUCCGCAACGUCAAACAUCUGGCCGAUGUCCCGUCGCUGUACCAUCAGUACAUGGACGGGGUCUGUUCCCCGCGCUUGCGGACGGAGGCGUGGCGGCAGAUGUACCGGGCGACGUUCCACGAGGUGUGCUCCGCGGCGGUGGCUGAUGAUAGCCAAGGCCAGGAGGCGGAGGAGAUCCCCUUGUGUGAGGAGUUACUGCUGUUCCUGAAGUACGCGAACGGGGUCUCGGAUCCAGAUUUCCGACGCUCGGGGAUCGCUUCUUUUAUGCCGGGGUUUUAUAUUGGGGUCCCGGAGUAUGCGGAGGAAGAGGAGGUGGAGGGUUUGAGGGAUCUGGAGGCGCAGCGGGAGGCGCUGAGGGGGUAUUUGGAGGAUAGUCUCCUCGGUCAAGUGGAGCUUCAUGGGACGGUUGACGAUGAUUUGGAGGUGAAGGUCGGGUUUCUGACUGGGAGUGGUGGUUGGAGGGACGAGGACCUAUGGUAUAGUGCUUAUGCUUACUGUCGGGUGAUUGGGGGUGAGGAAACAGACUCUAGGUAUAAUGAUUGGGCCUGGCGGGUGGUUUUCUUCGAGGCGACUGAGGAGAAUCCUACCACGUUGUACGGUCGCAGACCCUUGUUCAAUUCCAUCCCGGAGUUCUUGGAGUGGUACAGCAGCUGGCCCGAUUAUGUGGACAUGCGCCAGGUUCGACGAAAUGUUCAAGGAUACUACACUCAGUGCGAGGUUGAUUGUGGUUGUGGCUAGGGUUGGUCUCCCGCUACGCGGCAUGAUCGGGAUUGCGAGUACUGUACUGUGCGUCCUGUAGACAAAUGGGUAUAGGGAGCUCACGGCAUGAGAGUGGAA